CAUAGUGGCCUUCCGCUCAAAUUGGCGGCAGCGAACUGCUGCCGCAUUGCCGUCGUCCGUGCGUGCGUGCCACGGUGGGUAUGGUGCCGGGUGGCUUUGUUCUGGUGUGGCGUGGUUCUGCUCUGCGUGUGGCUUUGCCGCGUCCGGGCCUGCGCCUACCGUUGCUUGCCCGAGGCCUGCUCUUCCCGCAGGAUCCUGGCAAUCGUCUGGAGCUGCAUGUUGGUCGUUCCCUCGUAGAUCGACCCGACCUUGCAAUCCCGGUAGAACUUCUCCGCGGGCAGGUCCCUCGUAAAGCCGAUGCCCCCCAGCCACUCGAUGGUCUUGCUGGCGGCCUUUUCCGCCACCCUGCUGCAGGCGAGCUUGGCCAUGCUGGCCUCCUUGGCAAAGGAUCUGCCGCUGCUUCUGCCACCGCUGGGGUCCCCGGAGCGCUCCCGGAGGCGGCAGGCGUUGUAGGCCAGGAGCUCGGCCGCGUGGACCUCCGUGGCCAUUUCCGCGUACUGGUGCUCCAUGCCCUGGAACUCCGCGAUGGGCCUGCCGAACUGCUCCCGGUCCAUCAUGUGGGGGAGGGCCAGGUCGUAGAGGCAGGCCUUGGCGAUCCCGAGCUGCUGGGAAGCGAUCCCGAUCCGCCCCUCGUUGAGAACCCCGAUGCAGAUCUUGUAGCCCUCCCCGACGGUUCCCAGGACGCUCGAGGCCGGGACCCUUACGUUUUCCAGGUGGACGGGGCAGGUCGAGCUGGCCCGGAGGCCCAGCUUGCGCUCGGGUUGUCCCACGGUGAUGGUCCCGUUGCCGUCGUCGUCGUCGCUGCCGUUUCCGUUCCCGUGCCGUUCCCGGUCCACCAAAAAGGCCGUGACGCCCCUGUGGCCCAGGGAGCGAUCGACCGUCGCAAAGACCAGCAGGAGCCGGGCCUCCCUCGCGUUGGAGAUCCAGAGCUUGCUCCCGUUGAGGACAAAGGAGGACCCGUCGGUCGAGGAAGACGCCGUCGCGGUGGUGGCCAGGGCAAAGGCGUCGGAGCCCGCGGCCUGCUCGCUCAGGCAAAAGGCCGAGAGGCAGCCCCCCCCCGCCAGGCGGGGAAGCCACUCCUCCCUCUGCGAAGGGGUCCCCCAGAAGCGGAGGGCCGUGUUGACGAGGGUGUUCUGGAUGUCCACCACCACCGCCACCGAGGGGUCGACCCGGGCGAUCUCCUCGAUGGCCAGGCAGGCGGCCGUGAAGGACAGGCCCGAUCCGCCGAGGUCUUGGGGGACCUCCAUGCCCAUAAAGCCCUGGUCGAAGAGGUCCUCGAGGACCAGCGGGUCGAUGGCCGAGGCCUCGUCCAUGCUUCGGACCGAGGGGGCCAGGACGUCCCUGGACCAGGCCCGGGCGGCCUCCCGGGCCAGGACCUCGUCCUCGGUGAAGGACUCGGUGAUGGGGAGGGGGGGAGCCGCGGGUGAAGGCGAAGGCGAAGGAUCGAAUGCAAAUGCGGAUGCGGAUGCGGAUGCGGACGCGGAGGCGGAUCCGGAACCGAACGCCAAUGGGGAGGGGUCCCUUGCGGCCCCUUGCCCGACGCUUCGGCCACCGGUCGAGAAGAAGGCGCCCUUCCGGCCAGGGGGGGCUUUCGCCGCAACCGCGAAAGGUCCCCGCCCGGGAACCCCUCGGUUUCCACGCAAGGCCCGGGACGAAACGGCGUCCCCGAACCCCUUGCGCAGGCGGGGGGCGAACGAGGAGGUGCCCCGCGGGCCGAACGGAGGCAUGGGUGCUCUGGGUUGGCUUGUGAUGUGCGGCGGCAGCAAUGGCAGUAGCACUGGGAGUGGCACUGGCACUGGGAGGAGGUAGUAGUGUGGCGCCCGUGUCGAUGGGGGAUGCCGUUGCUGGGGCGGGGGGGGUCCGUCGACAUCGAAACCGGGUUGGCAGAAAAGAAUUCUUUCGGACCGGUCGUGCCGUACAGUACGGUAGGUUCGUACCGUGCGUACGAGUACGAGUACGAGUCGUGUACCGGCUGCUGUGCUUGCAUCGCUUCGCUUUCUUUCUUUCAUGCGGGCAGAAGAAUCUACCCGUACGUACGUAUCGUACGUGCGGCAUCCAUUGCAUUGCGAUCAAUGAUCAAUCCCAAAAAAAGAAAACGGUGACACGAUGUUUCUCACAAAAAAUUCGCAUCAAUUUCAAUUCAAUCGUGAUCUCUCUUCGGCGGAUACGUACAUACGUACUCGUAUCUGGUAAUCGUACAAUGCUACAAGGUACUACUAAUAGUAUGUAUCAUACGAGAAGUACCUUGGUGCUAUAUGUACGGUACUUCUACUGAAAAACCUCUCAAGUUGUACGUACAGCACGGAGUACGGUACAUACUGCUAAUACGGUAUGAUACAUACAUGCCAUGUGAACAAAGAACAUUGGUGCAGAGAAAGGAAUGAUCCUACGUACCCUACCGUACAAUACUACCUUUGUCGUUCCUAUUGCCAACCGUACGGCACUGCUUCGCCACCAUGCUGUAGCCUUGUGCAAGUCUUCCAAAGAUUCCUUCCGUUCCUUGGUGUCGCUACGCGGUGGCCAAUGCCGAUGCCGAUGCCAAUGCUGGUGCUUCCACCCCGCAGUCCCCGGCCUCCGCCGAAGGCGCCCUUGCCCGGCCCAGCCGCUCCAUGUGGGCCUCCGAGAGCUCGAAAUCAAAGAUCUCCCGGUUGGACAGGACGUGCGCCAUCGUGUUGCUCUUGGGAACCACGGGGAUGCCCUGCUGCACGAUGUAGCGGAGGGCCACCUGGCUCCCAACGACGGGCUUUCCGGCCCCGGGCGUCGUCGCGUUCCCGUGCUGGUAGGCCCCCGCCACCUCCUGCACCAGGUCCCCGUUCACCAGGGAAUCUUCCGGCUCGUACGAGCACGGGCCGCAGAGGGGCGAAAAGGACAUAAAGGUGAUCCCAAAGUCGGAGCAGGUCUCCAUCACGCCGUCGACGUCCCCCGAGCCGACGUGGUAUUCCACCUGGUUGAGGGCCGGCGUCACGGUGGCCACCCACAGCACGUCGAGGAUGUGCCUGCUGCAGUAGUGGCUGAUCCCGAUGGUUUGCGCCUCGCCCGUGUGGUAGAUCGUCUCCAGUGCGAGCCAUUCUUCCUGCCGGGCCUCGGCCCCCACGAUGGUUUCCUCCCAGUCGGCCGGGAAGUGGGUCAUGAGGUGGUCGACGUAGUCCAGGCCCAGUUCUUCCAGGUUGGUCUCGUGCAGCCGCUGGACCUCCGACGCGUUCCGGCCCCCUGCGUUGUGUUGUGUUGCGUUGCAUCGCGUUGCAUUCGGUACGGCACGGUACGUGUGGUCCCGACCAAAGGCAUUCGUGCCGUGUGAGCGGUACAAAAGAAGAACUGCGUGAGCGGAACCCGUUCGAGAGAACAACCCACGAACCGGAGGAUCGCGGCGCAACCCCGGUCCGGUCGGUUUGGCCCCGAACCUGCUCUUGUUCGGUCGAAACCGUGCUCUGUUCUGUUCUGUGUUACUCACCGGGAAUUUUCGUCAGGACAAAGAGGUCUUCUCGGUUGCCCUUCCAGCAAUCCCUGAUGGCCCUCCCGACCCCCUUCUGGUUUUUGUACCCGUAGGCCGUGUCCACAAAGGUGUAGCCGGCACCGAAUGCCUUGCACAAUGAUUCGUAGGCCUCGUCGUCGUCGUACUGCCAGGUUCCGGCUCCGAGCAGGGGCAUGUACACCGGAUCUCCGGUCGCAUUGACCCCGAUGAACUUCGUGGGGGCGUCCUGCUUCGGAAGGUGCUCUCUGUCCAAGGGGACCCCCUUCGCCGGCGGGCCUUCGGGGGACGCCGAAACCGAAACGAGGAGGAGGAAGGACGCGAUGCCAGCGGCACGCAGCACGAUACGGUUGAAAUUGAAAUUGUCACGAAACAUUGUGGUCCUUCCGGGGAUGGCUCUGCUCCCGUCGACGGGCUCGUUUCUGACACUCUAUCGGAUGCGGUGGUGGUGGUUUGUGUUGGUGUUUGGGUUUGCCACGGUCAGGGUACGACUAGCGCACGGGAACUCGGCUGUCAAUGCUGGUUGCACCGUGGGAACUUCUGUUCUGUCGAAAAAAGAAACUCGGCAAAAUACUGUACAGUAUUAUUUUGAAGGAACCGAACGUACUUUGCACUACAACCUCCUAACGGUACUGUGCCGUACGGUAGCGUAGGGUUGUGAGCCUAAAUUACAAAUUACCAUAUUGUUUGAUGUCAUACCGGUACGUAAAACGUUACGCACCUUACUGUACGUACUCGUACGUGCGUAUGUAAGGUACGAUACCUGGUGGGAAGAGUUUUUCCAUUUUUCUUCAUGUUCUGUGACCUGUGACAACAAUAAACCCAACAUGAAGUAUUCUACGCGCAGGUUCGUACUACGACUAGUUAUGGUACAGAAGCUUUGAUGUGUGAAGUAAAUUCCCCCUUUGGCUUAUUACUGAAAGAAAUGGGUUGGGAAAUUGACUACGGUACAGUAAUAUUAUUAUGAUGACGAAAAAAAGAACGUACCCCCUAGCUUCAUGUUGACCAGUGAUGCUCGUGAUCUGACAUCGCCACGGCUACUCUAAAUCGUCGUUCUUCUUUGCUGCUCUUCUAUCAGUCCCUUGGCAAGGUGGCUGUAUUUUCCAUCUUGAAAUCCAGGCAGACACUCCAGCAACGUAGUCGCUGAAAAUUCUUCUUCUCGCCACUGGUGCAUUUCGUGUUUCUCUUCGAUUCCGUUUCCCUCCGCCUCGUCGUGCCGGCCGUGUCCAAAGAGACCUCCUGCACCUCCCCUGCGAAAGAUGCUCCUCGGUCUUCGGAAAAUACCCCGGCUCAGUUUCAAAGAUUCUUUGUUCAUCGCCAGCCUAGAUUCGGGUAUUGGUGCUCCAGGGACGUUCACUUUGGUCCGGAGAAUUUCUUCCUCGACUGGCGAGAGAGAAGACAGUUUUCCGGUUUCCUCUGUUUUGAUUUCGUCAUCCCCGGAUGAUGGGAAAAGCAUCUCGGCAACCUUGCUUCCUUCGAGGUUCUCGAGACCGACAAUAUCUUUCAAAGAAUCAAAUGCCGUCAUGAAACCAUCUCGCACGGCUUCCAAAACUUCAUCCUUGUCCUGAGAUAGAGCUUCCAAUUCUUUGUAACCCUUCGGAACUCGCAACGGGAAAAGAUGUGCCUUGUUCCAGCUAUUGUCACGAUCCCUAAUGUUCUUAGAGAUUUCAUUCGUCCGUGGUACCCCGUAAAGAAUUUCUGGGGGAGGAACAAGGAUUCCUUCACUCCCCUUAUGCCUGGCCUCCUGCAGAAGCAU